AUGCAGAAAUUGAUACAGCAAGCGCAGUUAGCGGCACAAGCAUCAUCUUUUGCCGAAGGAGAAGGAGGGGAAGAAGACGAAUACGACUCUGAAAGAUUUAAACAUGACGCAUUUCAGUUAAUCGAUUAUGUUUCCGCGCUCCUUAUGAGAUUGAUACACCAGACGGCAGUUGGAGAGUACUGGCUCACCAACGUCAUGGCCGUAUUAGUUGCACGAGUUGCAAAAAUCAAGGCUCUGCUGACGGAUAUCAAGCUGGGGGCGAACGAAUCAAUUGCAGUAGGGACAGAGCACUUGAAAGACGCGCAAACAUCAGCUAGGGGCUCUCACAGUUUCUCCAUCAACAUAGACGUCGACGAGGAAGAAUGUGAGGAAGCCUUGCGAAUCAUCGAUGCGGAUACCAAAGAAGGUCUUACAUCGGAAGAGGACGCCAAAAUCAGCGCCUAUUGCGUAACGCAGAACAAAUUUCGUUCGGGGCUUAAUUCUGCGAUAAAAUAUAUCCUUUCUUCGCUGCUAUUUACGAAUAGAUCAGGACUUCCUGUGACAAACUAUGAGACCAUGCUUUUCCAAGACAGAGAUUUAGAGUACUCUGCAUCAUCCGACCGAAACGUACUGAAUACUGCGCAAUCAGCCCUGAGCAUUGUGAACCAGACUCUACGGAACACCAAGGACAGAGUUAAACAACAUCCGCCGCAGCGUGAUGGGAGUGUACCCACCUACUUCCAGUGGGCGUUCCUCGAAAUGACAGAUAAAAAGGCCGCAAUUGGCGCAGGCGGAGUCAGCUACAGCAGACUCUCAGACUUGAUGGAGGAAGUCCAAAUUUUCUCCAUGGCCGAUAUUGCCGAAGUUAUGGUCGCACUUUUUGUGACGAGCCCAAUACUUAUCUCCGAUUUCACCAACUUCCGAUCAAUGAUAGCCUUGUCUGGAGGUGUUGAAGAUGUGGUUACCUCGUACGAGGAAGGCCAGUUUGGUGCCUUUCUUCGACUUUAUACACGCGAGUUCGAACAAGGAGCUAAACAACGAGAAACUCUCCUCUUGUCAACAGCAUUUUCGCAGCAGCGUUUCUCACGUUGCAAGUUGCUAACGGAUGGAAACGGUAGAUGGGGUCGUGCAAAUCGCCAGCUUCAGCGAGCCUCAACAUUACCACAGAUCCAACCGACAAGCCAGCAUAAUGGUGAAGAGUUAGUACAGGAGAAGCUUGACUACUGCGUAAUACAGAUGGAAAAGUGGGUUGUGGAUGAAACCUCGGUGACCGUCUCUUGUAAAACCUAUGUAUGGUCUUUGAUGGCCAUUACGGCGGUUCUUGUUGGUGGUGGCCUUGCCAUGGGCCUCGCAGUUGGCCAACGAAUAGAUGGCGUGGACCCUUUCAACUUGGCGACGUAUACUUGGGCUCUCGCAGCAUUCAUAAUUGUGGUAUUCAAGAGCAUGUGGGUUGAGAGUUGGACCUGGAGCGACUUCCUACGUCAACGAGUUCGCUGCCGAUCAGUCUCAGAAUUAGCAGCGGCGACAAAUCUUGAUUAUCAACUUAUCAUGGCGAAACUGUUACACGAUGAUUGCAAUGGAAGUAUCCUAGUCACCAGAGGGCCCUACAACACAAUCUUUCGCAAUCAAUCCAGCGACGGCGGUGAUGGGUUUUCCAUCGACCAACCUCUCAGUGCUGAAACCUUGAUGCUUAGUGGUAUUGCACUGCUCAAAGUUUUGACGCCACGCGGACAUGCAGUUGUUUGUCUGGACUACCGAUGUGGAACACUUUUAACAAUACUAGAACACCGAAGGGGCACUGAUAAUUCACGACUUGUUUGUGAAGACCUCAGUCGUAUACGAAGGGGGAGAGAUCCUGUUGAUCAGAAAGCACAGGAACUGAUUAGUCUGCGUUUGAAAAAGGUGGAAAACUUCAAAUGGAAACGAGUUCAAGGUCUGUGGGAAUUUCAAAAUGCUGGAAUUGUUUUCGAGUGA